AUGUAUCAAUAUUCCCCAGUUCAUUUCGUUUUUUCUAUCUAUCUAUCUAUAUAUAUAAAUAUAUUUACUACAGUCUGCUCAAAUCUAUCUAGCUAUCUAGCUAGCUCGGUCUGUUCAUUUCUUUCUGUCUCUUCAUAUAUAUCCAUCUACUACAGUCUGCUCAUAUCUAUCUAUCUAUCUAUCUAUCUAUCUAUCUAUCUAUCUAUCUAUCUAGCUUGCUCUGUUCAUAUCUAUCUGUUUCUCUCUUCUGGACUCUAUCUAUCUAUCUAUCUAUCUAUCUAUCUAUCUAUCUAUCUAUCUAUCUAUGUCACUGUGUCUAAAUCUAUCUUUAUAACCGUGUCUAUCUGUUUAUAUCUGUAUUUCCAUCUAUCUCAGUCUUUUCCUAUCUAUCUUUUCAUCGCUCAUGCCCGACAUAUAGAGAUGCCUUCUUAUGUCAGCCAAAGAUCCCACGAUUUUUCUGAAGCUUCUUCAACAGAAUUCUUUGGGGACCUAUAUCUAUACACAGAAAUAAUUGAAUUUCGAAUGACAAAUUUUUAUAGCUCUAUCGAUUGCCAUCAAGAUAUUUAUACUCUACCUUUCGUGUACACAUACUUUAGUCAUUUAAUUUCCCUUUAA